ACGUUUGAAUGUAGAAGACACGCUAUUCCUAGCCGGGUUAUGUCUCAUCUAACACUCGUUGACACAUUUCAUAGCAUUUUUCACAUAACCAAUCCAUAACCACGGACUACAGUCGCGGAUAUUGUCAGAAAGCCCGAGCAAGUCUAUGCGUAUCGUCUUCGAUGAAGAGCGUCGCUGUUCUCACUGUUGUCACAAGCGCCGUUGGGGCGAGAGGCGGGAUGCGGGAGCAGAUGCACGGACGCACGCUGUAGUGGAAUACUGUCCUGAAGAACUGCGAAGCUGUAGAUAUGGAUCUGGACAAAGUGAAAAAGAAAACUCAAUUAGGAGACGGAACAUUAAGAAUAGAUCACAGUGACGUUUACUUCGAAAACGACCGUCUCUCGGAGGAGCAGGGUAUAUUCAAUGAUAUUCUGUUGAAAUACAAACACCGCCAAUACAUUAACCGUGACGUUGAGAUUAAAGAACUGCGGAGAACGCUGGGCGGGUUUGAGGCUAUGAAGAAGUCCGCACAUCACGCAAAUUCCGAGGCGCGGCCGAAGACCACUCCGGUCUAUAUGAAACGCCCGCAGCGGCCUGUGAGUACGGCCUCGCAAGCGAGAGUUGUGAAGCUCAACGUCCGUAUUCCUGACGAUUCCGACUCUGACAGUAGCAGUUACAGUAGCAGCGACGAUUCUUCUGUAAGCAGAGAGGUGGUCACUAAGGCUAAAGCUCAUAUACAACCAAAAGUUAUUUCAAAAGCGGGUCUCAUUACAGCACAGCUUGAGAACCGGAAGUUCCCGUCUUCGUGGUAUACAGAUGUUCUACUUCCGUCCGACGCUGUGGUCAAGAAAAGGACACCCACGCCAGCUUCCGGUCUGGGUAGAAGCAGGUCUGCUUGUCACAGACCCAGAACGAGGCAGAAACCUACUUUUUCCAACGCAGACGGCAAAGAGUCAAAUGAACCAGCAGACGAUAAACCAAGUCUCGUCUGCUCUCGCUCCAAGUCGGCUGUUCUUUCCCGCCGGAAGCUGAUUCAGAUGACGAAUUUGGAUCACAUGCCUGACUCGGAAGAGAAAACUGAACCCGUUGUGGCUUUACGUGAGAUGAACAGAAUUCAGAAUGAAAGACUCCAAGUUCGUGUGAGAAUGUUUUUGGAUUCUCUCGACGAACUCAAGAAAAGACAAGCAGCUGCUCGCCAUUCUAGAAGAAUCAGCAACAUCUAUGGCAGUGGUGGGUUUUAUGACGACCAAGAACCAAUGUGGAGAUAGUGUAUGAUCAGUGUGCCUCGUGUGUUAUAAAUACUUGUCAAUGUUGUCAACGAAUUGUAUAAUACCUUUGCUCUUUCAUGCAUUAUUAGGGGCGGUCGGGUAGCCUAGUGGUUAAAGCGUUCGAUCGUCACGCCGAAGACCCGGGUACGAUUCCCGACAUGGGUACAAUGUGUGAAGCCAAUUUCUGGUGUCCCCGCCGUGAUAUUGCUGGAAUAUUGCUAAAAGCGGCGUAAAACCAUACUCGCUCACUCAUGAAUUAUUUCUUAAUCCAGACUUUUUUAAACAUUUCCGCUGAUUCUGAAAGCUGAAAUGUGAAAAACAUAAAUAAUUAUAAUUUUUUUCAAAUUUUAUAACUAAAACCUUAAUUUUUAAAAACUCCUGCCACCACUUAUUUUACAAAAUUAAAAAUUUCCAACCAACUUAACAUUUGGAAAAACAUUUGAAAUUGGAUUUGUUAUUUUUUUUAGCUUUUCGAGCUACCGACCUGAAGUUAAUAAAUAUUUCGUUAACAAACGAAAGAAAAAAAUCCGGCCUUAGCGGGUUGAUGUUGCUUAUGUCUCAGUCAGCAAUAUUCCAGCUGGAUCACUGCGGUCUGUAUUCCGGAUAACUAGCGGCUGUGUCAUGAUCAACGUCUCACUCCUCAAUGUCAGACAGCCACAGGACUUGACCACCCGAUCCCCAGUGCAGUCGGCUCUCACGACAAGCAGUUACAAGGGCCGCCUCUGACCCGGAAGUCCCCCAGUGACCUGCAUGGAUUAGGAGUGGUCGGGGACCUUCUGAUUAAAGUG